GAGAGGGGCCAUCGUUAUUUUGAAUUUCCCUCGCAUUCAAAGCCCAAAUCGAUCCACACUUUCAUUCACCGUUUGCUAAUGCGAUGCUUGGAUURCAGCGCGCUUAUUAUACCUUAUGAAUCGCUAUAUGAGCGAAAUAAAGCGAAUUUGUGUUUCCGAGAGAAGAGCAAGGUGUCAUUCAAUACGAUUUGGCGUUCCAAAAAAGGGCGCUGAGAGGGUGUGUGAUUUUUUCAUUCGCCCUCGAGUGGUCAGCAUAUCUACGUAAGCCGUAAUGGCGUUCACUAUGGUCAUUGCUAACUAACACCAGAUCCUUCUGUGUAAUUUGAAGGCCAAAAGGCUUAGAGAAUUGUGUGUUCUUUAUGGAAGAAAUACGACGAAGUUCUGGCGUUGUUGAUUCAAGAAAGCUGGAGCGAUCCGAUGUUCUUGUUAAGAAAGACCCAGGAAAUGAAAGCAUGUUUGAAGGAAAAAAUAUCCAUUCUUCCCCGAUCGAUGGAAAACUACUGUGUAGUUACAGCGAGAAACUCUGUAAGCAGCGUCGAUUGAAUGGCUACGCGUUCUGUAUACGUCAUGUAUUAGAAGACAAAAAUGCUCCGUUUAAACAGUGCCAAUACGUCGCAAAAUACAAUGGACAGCAAUGUACGAAUCCUAUACCCUUUCCCGAAGAUAGAAUAUAUUGCAAUAGUCAUUUACAAGUUCUAGGUCUUGUUCCUAAGAAAACAAGGCGAAAAAAAGCGAGUGAAAGUCAAGAUUCCGUUGACAAAGAAUCGACUCACACCAUGCGCGAAUCUUCUAAACCCCGAGCAGAUGUGUCCAUUCCUGAUCAUCAAAAGAUGGCUUUYAUUUCGCCAGUUGUUCAACAACAACGCUACAAAAAGCAGAAGAUUAAAGUACAGAAGAAAGACCCUGAUAUUCCUGCGAUUUCUGAGUUGAAAGAAUGUUUGAAAACRUCGAAACGUGAUCGAGAGAACUUAUUCGAAAGCUAUGAAAUUGAUAGCUCAGACAGUGAUAGUAGUGAUGGUGAUUGUAUGCCGUGGCAGCAAGUCUGGCUCCAGCCUCAGCAGGAAGAUAGUCAUGGUACAAUGUCUGGAAGAAGUGAUGUAAAAAGUACAGUUGUGUCAAGAACAGCAAAGAUUUCCAAGUUAAGUUCAAGACUUCGAAGAGAGUUACAUCAGUUGCGACGUAGUCUGAGAUCUCAUCGGUAUCGUCACCCCCUGGUACUGUCAACAGCAGCAGCUUUAUUAAAGGCAGCACAGAGAGAUGUUCCUGCAUCUGUUGAUUCUGUGAUAGAAUCUUCAAAGCCAAGGACCUCUCCACCAACAUGCAUUGUAAAGAAAUGUGCUUUUGCUGUGGAAGGAAUUUCAUGUGAACUAAAUGCCAUGCCAUAUACCAAGUACUGUCGGAACCAUAUUAUCAAUGACAAUGUUCAAGUACUGUACUCUCAGUGUACAGCCAAGUGGCCUGGUGGUCUACAAUGUUCUGUUCCUGUCUUUGAUAUUGUGCAUGAAAGAGCACUUUGCCAAGAACAUGCAAGAAAAAAGGAGAAGUUUCAAGAAGCCCAAGCAGCAGCUGUAGAAUCAAACAAACAACAAGCAAAGAARCCAAGAAAGAAACCUCAACCAAAAACCACUGCAGAACAAAAACCAAGGAAACCUACUAAUAGAAAACCUGCUUCUAGGCCAACAAAAUCMAAAUCUGCCAAAGAUGUUGCCAAAGCAAGCCCACUAAAUAGUUCCUUCAGCCCCAACAGCUCACCAGCUGUAUUUUCUCCUACUCUUGACAUGCAAAUGUCUGAUUACUCGCACACUAGUGAUCAUUCUCCAGAUUCACCCAAGCUAGGAGACUUGUCACAGUUUGAAUCAUCUUUAUUUGAGCCUCAACAACAGGAUCACUUGUUGAUUCCUGAUAUGGCAGAACUACCAAAUAAUCUCACAAAUGGUAUCAACCCUGAUGAAAAAUUAUUUGAAAUYGAUUUAAAGAAAGCCAGGUCUGARAAAACARCCAUUUGGMUGCCGACUUCGUCAAUACCAGCUUCAGUUAUAACUGCUAGAGACAAUUCCAAAAGCAAUUCAUUGUUAAAUAGUAAUCAUAUGGAUAUGCAUUUGUUAAAUUCUGAAAACACCUCAAAACCCUCACCUUUGAAUAGUUCAAAGAGGGCUUCAAAAACAACCAAGAGUAAGAAGGCUGUGAAGAGAGUUACUGUCAGUCCUAUUCAUGGAAUUAUUUCUCCAACACUUUUGCAGUCUAAUCAUCUAUCUAAUGGUACCUCAAUGACUUUUAAUGAUGACCCAAUGCUUUCUUCAUCACAAGAAAUCUUGAGUGGUGAAAUGAAACCCCAUGGAAAUGGCUUGCCGUCAGAUCACCUGACCCACUCGGGAAUUGCAAUGGACUCUGUAUUGUCAUCACCUCAUAAGGCCUGGUCAUCUGUAUCUAAUACAACCAAUGGCAACGUUGCUUAUACGUCRCCUCUAAAUUCACAGAACAGUUUGUCUAGAAUCUCCUCUCCUCCAUUUUCAAGAGUGUCGUUGUCUUCAUUAUCGCCCCAUCUUUCACCUAAUUCAACCCACAGCAGUGUUUUCACGUUUGACCGUACAUCCCACUAUCAGCAAACUAGUAUUUUAUCUCCGACKUUAAGYCCAGUGAGUCCAUCAUAUCUGAAUAACACUUCCCUGAAGCAUUCUGUCUUCCAACAACGUGAUCUUGACCCAUCAAGAAGUGACGAUCCAUUUCUAACUCCAGUAGAAGAGCAGCCUCUGCUUGGUGUUYCCUUCCAUCAGAGCAGUGACUCUUCAUUGGGGGAUUUAAGGUUAAGAUAAACAUUUUAUAUUUGUACAUUUUAAAAAGUUUUAUUCACAAAGUAUUUAAAUUACUAUGUAGCAGUUUUCUAAUCAACAAUGAUGUUCUAAAGUCCCUUUUUGGAAUUCCUUUAUGUGGCUACUCAAAGAAUCCUGACAAAUUUAUAGGAUGUACCAAUAUUUUCAAAAUUAGUAUUUUUAUUAUUUUUACCUUUGUCAUGUGUGUUGUCAACAUUUGCAUCAUUCUUGAAAAGAAUGCUACAUUUUCCAGAUUUUGUGGUUCAUAUUAUGUCAAUGGGUUUUUUUUUCAAAAUUGUAUUGUACAAAUAUUGUAAAUUAUCAGAGUGGAUCCUCAAAGGAGUCUGUAAAUUUUAAAUGUCUUGACUGAGUAUUUAUAGAAAUAAAUGAUAUACUCCUUCCAACAAAAGCGCA